CCUGGGAAAAGCCAAUGACUAUGAGAUAGCUUAAAAAAGUUUGGCAUAUACAGAAAUUAAAUUAGUUAAUGUAGAAUGGCCAAACUCAAUAUAUACGAAUACGAUAAGCACGACCCAUGAGAUGAGAAGGAUAGACAGAUUCAUUCCUACGAGGAGGUGAUUGUACUUGGUUGAAGCCAAGGCAGAUUGCUAUUUUGUGCCAGGAUUUGGAGAUGUCGAGCAGUUUGAGGAGAAUUGGCAGGUUUAGUGCUAUUUCCUCGAGUAUUAAUGGAAAGGGGGGAAGAUGUUUGGGGGGGCUGUCUACGGCUAAUGAGGAGUUGAAGAGUGGUCAAGAAAGUGGGGGCACUAAGCCCAUCAAUCUCUUCUCUGCCGUCAACCAAGCCCUUCACAUUGCUUUGGAUACUGAUCCUCGUGCUUAUGUAUUUGGGGAGGAUGUUGGUUUCGGUGGUGUUUUCCGCUGCACCACCGGGUUAGCGGAUCGAUUUGGCAAACGUCGAGUUUUCAACACUCCUCUUUGUGAGCAGGGCAUUGUUGGAUUUGCUAUUGGUCUGGCAGCCAUGGGCAAUCGAGCAAUAGCUGAAAUUCAGUUUGCAGAUUAUAUCUUUCCAGCUUUUGACCAGAUUGUCAAUGAAGCUGCUAAGUUUAGAUAUCGGAGUGGCAAUCAAUUUAACUGCGGAGGUUUAACGAUCAGAGCACCUUAUGGAGCUGUGGGUCAUGGUGGCCAUUACCACUCACAAUCCCCUGAAGCUUUUUUCUGUCAUGUCCCUGGUAUUAAGGUGGUAAUCCCUCGAAGUCCUCAACAAGCUAAAGGUUUGCUGUUGUCAUCCAUUCGUGACCCAAAUCCGGUUGUGUUUUUUGAACCAAAGUGGCUUUACCGGCUUGCUGUCGAAGAAGUCCCGGAGAAAGACUACAUGUUGCCUUUAUCUGAGGCAGAGGUGAUCCGUGAAGGUAGCGACAUAACACUUGUCGGCUGGGGAGCUCAGCUGUCAAUUAUGGAGCAGGCCUGUGUUGAAGCUGAGAAGGAUGGCAUAUCUUGUGAGCUGAUAGACCUAAAAACUCUAAUUCCAUGGGACAAGGAAACCGUGGAGGCCUCUGUCAAUAAAACUGGAAGACUUCUUGUUAGUCAUGAAGCUCCAGUAACCAGUGGUUUUGGUGCUGAAAUCGCUGCCUCUAUAGUUGAACGCUGCUUUUUGAGGCUCGAAGCUCCAGUGAGCAGAGUAUGUGGCCUCGAUACACCAUUUCCUCUUGUAUUCGAACCAUUCUACUUGCCAACCAAAAAUAAGAUACUGGAUGCAAUAAAAUCGACAGUAAAUUACUAGUCCAUCAGCUCCCGUUGUCUCCUCAAGAAAACGUGGUACAUAGUUUGAUGAAGUUGGUUAAGAUGCAUCACUAUCCAAGGUCUUAGCAGCAGUAUUCUCCUCUCUUUGUAAGUGUGGAAAUUACACUAGUAACAUGUUAAAGAGAUCUGAAUUGAUGAUGUUGGUGUACUGUUACUCUCAUCUGAACAGUUGUAUACUUAACAAAUUCACAAACUAUUACGACAAAAGCAAUGAUGCUUUGUUACAUUAUAAGACAUGUAAUAGAAGAGGUAAUUGGCGACUAGAAAGGAGCGGUCGGGGAACAUUCCUAUUAUCUGUUGAUUGCACACCGUGUGACAACAUACAACAUUUUUAUUA